CCUCGGCCAGACCUUAGGCCUACAUUACCGUCACCCGUCUCGCACUUUCGCGUCAAAGGAAGAAGCGAGUGGCUACCCUUUGGAGCACCAGAUCUGCUGCUGCUGACGGGCUCAAACGGCGACUCUGCAGCCCUUGGACAUAGUACGAGCUCGACGCCACUCGUUACACGUGCAUCUCUCUUUGACCACACCUUUCAUCCUUACGUCCUUUCGCCUUUGAAGCACAAGGCAAGAUGUUACCGGCUCAGAGAAACAAGAUCGACAUCAGCUCCCUCUCGGAGGAGGAGCAGAAGAUGUUUCGCCUUUACGGAAAGCUGCCGAACCGCAAAGACCUGCUCAACACCAAACUCAAAGAACGCAAGUAUUUCGAUUCCGGCGACUAUGCCCUGAGCAAGGCAGGCAAGGCCCCGCAGAAUGCCGUCGGCACCGCCAUUCCCAACCCGCAAGUCAUCCCUCAUGCCUCGACCGUCGGCAGCUCCAGCCCUCCCGGCUCGUGUCCUGGUGCGGUUACCUCCUCCGCCGGCUCUCCGGGAGGCGUCUCCUCCCCGGUAGCGGUGGCAUCAAGCACGUCGCCGCUUCAGGCGCAUCGCGGAUCCAUCGGUAUUCCAAGCGCUGCCGGUGCAGGCAUAGGAAGUAGCGCAACGGCGGUAUCCGCAGCGGCAGCGAACGCCAUGUCCACCUCGCCCACCACGUCCAGCUCGGCCGGCGCGACGGGUCGGCCAGCGCAUUCACAAGUCUCUACGUUUCCGAUCGGCUCGACCACUUCUACCCAAUCGGGCAGUGGCAGCAACUUUACUUCUGGCACGGGCAGCUUGCUAAACGCGGGCGUCGGCACGGCCAUGGGUGGCAGCGCCGCGGGUUUUGCGGGCGCACCUGGCGGUCACAGCCCUGCCAAGGAAGGGAGCGGGCUGGGCAGGAAUGAAAUCACCGCCGACGAUCUCAUGGAAGAGUGAGGUACGGGUACACGUACCCAUGGGAGCAGUGCAGAGUGAA